AGCGCUUGCAGUAGAAGCGCGCUUUGGCGUUCGGACGGCGGAUGACCUCCGACUCGUCUUCGUCCUCUGACUCCGGCUCAGACGAAGAGAAGGACGAUUCAAAGAAGAAGGGAAAUAACGAUGCCGCGGCCGAGGUAGUCGUUUCAGACGAAGGCUCAGAUUCAGACUCUGACGAGGAUUCGAGCAGCAGCGAGGACAAGAAAAAGAAGAAGAAAGACAAGAAGAAGAAGGGCAAGAAAAAGAAAGAUGCAAAGAAAGGCAAACAGGACAAGAAAGACAAGAAGGAUAAGAAAGGCAAGAAGGACAAAAAGGACAAGAAAGGCAAGAGCAAGAAAGACAAAAAGAAAAAAAAGGUGAAGGAGACGCUCAAGAAGAAAAAACAACUUGGAGAAUUGGGGUCCUGCUCGAAUCAGUUCGGAAAGUAUGCGCGGAUCUUGAAGGCAGAGGAUUUCUUCAACAAGAAGGCAGAAUUCUUAGUGUGGGCGAUGGAAGUGAAGAAGGCGAAUACCGAUGCGAUGGGGCAGAUGCAGCAGAAGGAUCUCUUCAAGGAGUACAUGGAGGAUUACAAUACAGCGACCAUGCCCUCCCAAAAAUAUCGCGGGCUGGCGGACUACAACCUGCAGGCCUGGGACACCAAGCAGUCGUACAAGCGGCAGAAGAGGGCGAAGAACAACGAGAUGGACGACGCCGGCAAGGCCGCCCUCGCCAGCUUCGACGACGAGGCCGCGAGGAGAGAGGAGAUCAGGCACCAGCAGGCGAAGAAGCAGGAGCAGGCCCUCCAGGACGAGGUCCGGAGGAUGCGGGGCGACAAGAGCAAGGUCGAGGAGAUGCGACACCAGAGCCAGCUGCGAACCCACAUGGACCAGCUGAACAGGGCCGGCCAGACAGAGCAGGCCGCGAAGAUCGCCGCCCGCCUGGCGCCCUCGACGGAGAAGGAGAGGCCCGAGUUUGGAGGCUUCGCGCCCUCCAGGUGAGCCGACAGCUGAAGACGUUCAUCUUGCUGGUCGUCGAAGACAUUCGGGCGGCCCCUUCGGGGCGGCCCUGCCCCGCUGGCCCCGUCGGGGCGGCCCUGCCCCGCUGGCCCCUUCGGGGCGGCCACGUCGGGGCGGCCACGUCGGGGCGGCCACCGCGGGGCGGCCACCUCGGGGUACAGUCGGAGCCCUUGGGUACAAUCGGCGGGGAGAGGAGCCUGCCGCAGUGCUCUCCCCUGGGCGGGCCGCCCCCUUGCCGUGUGGCGGCCACCGCCCUCCGGCUCCGCCGGCCGCCCAUGGGGCACCGCCGGCCGCCUCGACGCUGCCCGCGCGGCAGCCUGGCGGCCAGGCCCCGCGCGCGCGCGGGAGCCCCUGUUGGCGGCGCGCCUGGAGCCCGGGCCCCUGCGACUAUCAGCGCGCGCCGGCGGGAAAGAGAACGCCCGCUCCGCUCCGGGGCCGCGCUGUCUCGAGGUCCUGGGACGCUUUUUUCGUGGGUUCUCGGCGAUGUUCCGGCUUCCGGGUGCCUGCCAGCGGCCGCACCUCGUCGGGAGCGUUCUGCAGUGGUGCUGGGCUCGCCCCGAACGGCCGCCGCAGGCCCGAGUCAUGGGCCGCAAA